CACUCCCCAACGUCAUGGUAAACAAAGUCGAAUCAAUUUAAGAAUCGGAAAAUUAUUUGAGGCUCGUUAAUCACAUCAUCCAUCAUGAAAACCUUUUUAGUGAGAUUUCAAAUCUUAGGUCUUCUAGUUUUCAUGCUAAUCACAACGGGAAAAUGCCAAACUUGUAAGGCUGAUAAUGGUCCGAAAUUAUCUAUCCCAAUCCAGGGGAGGCGACUUGUUAACAAUGUUUUUAAAACACUGCAAGAAAGUAAACCGAUGUUGUGCUAUGCCGAAUGUCAGAAAGACAAACGGUGCCAGAGCAUCAACUUUCUUUACGACAGUCUGACGUGUGAACUGAAUAACCGGACCAAGGAAGCGAAACCGGACGAUUUCGCUGAAUAUGAGUAUGGACAUCAUAUGGAGCUUGACACGAGAGUUCCUUUGGGGAGUGUAUACGAACUUCCAGGGCUCUCGUGUGAGGAAAUAUUUGCCAGCGAUCCUUGUUCAAAAAAUGGGAAUUAUUAUCUUUCUCCAGACAACCAGACACCUUUUCUGGUAAGGUGCAAGUUUGACCAAGCCCCUGUGAUCUGGACUGUUAUUCUACAAAGAAGUUCGGGCGCUGUUAACUUCGCUCGAACAUUUGACGAGUACGGCGUAGGGAUCGGGACUCCUGGAGACGACAACUUUCUGUUGGGGCUUGACAGCAUCCACAGGCUGACCAACAGUCCGGGUGCGAAAAGGCUGCUUGUGAGGCUUGAAGACUGGGAUGGUAAUGUCAGAUUUGCCGAAUAUGACAACUUUGCUGUUGGAAGCAAGGCUCAAAAAUACACCCUGGCCCUGCAAUACAGAUACCAGUCAGGAGAUGCUGGGGAUUCGCUCACUAUUUCAAACGGGAUGCCAUUUACAGCUUACGACCAGGACAAUGAUCAGAAUUUGAGCUAUAACUGCGCUGCAUAUUAUGGCGGCGGUGGAUGGUGGCACAAUGAAUGCUUCGAAGCUAAUUUUAACAACCCGUAUUACAACAGUGCCAUUUGUCCGUAUGCAGAGGGGAUAACUUGGAUGACUUGGCAUGGGCAUAGAUACUCAUUGAAGAAAGUGGCUAUGUUAGUUAGGAAUGUAUAGCGUGUGUACUUUGAGUCCUUUUUCAGAUAAUAGUAGUCCUGUGGAAAGAGAGCGCGAAGCGAUUUUUUGGCAAAGGCUUUCGCUUUUUUUCUCAUUUUGGUAUUAAAGUGGAAGUUUAAUAUGUGAUCAAAAGGGCUUUGCUUUGAAAAAAGCGAUAAUUUGUUCAAACCAGUAUAAAAUUAAGACCAGCUUAAGGAAAACAAAAAUCGUACGACCUGACGAAGCUAUCAGAUUUUACAGGACUCUAAUUAUGUAAAAGAAUAUGAAAUGUAAACAUUGAGGAAGCGUAAAAAUUCCUCUGUGUUCCAUAUCGCCAAUCACCACAUUUUGUUGAGCUAUCGAGUGGGCUGUGUACAAAAAUCAUAGUAAUAAGAAUAAUAGUAAUAAGUGCACAAGUAAUUCUCGAUUUUGUCUCUAUGUACUUAAAAUCUAGACCUCGAGGACGAUUGGACUAUAAUUCAAUAGACCACGAGACCGAGAGGUGUAAUUGUUUUAGAAUUCUGUCCAGCGUGAAAUUAACGCAGGGUAGCGGGGUACGCUAUUUUUAAUAACUAUUAACUUGCCGGAAGUUAGUGAUGCUUUUUUGUUUAGUUAGCCUUCGGCGAAUGAAUUUAUGAAACGGAAUUGAGGUCAAUGGAGCUGACACCCCAAAUGUGGGCGUGUCCGCGUCGUUUUCAAGUGAUACCUCAAAAUCGUACAUAGAGCGUCUAUUCCCGUUCCGUCCGCAUUAACUAGCGGCAGAAAGUCGGAUCUAACUUCACGAGCAGGUAAAUCUAGGUAUCCUCUAGGUCUAGUAAAAUUCUGGUGUAGCCAGGUUCAGUAUUAAGAAAGCGAGUGCAAAUAUGGUUGGAAUGCUGUCAAUCGUGUUAUCACGUGUAAAACUUGCCAUGCGCACUAGCACAGCAAGCAUGUAGUGUGUUACCACCGUAGUCAAUGGUAACCAUGCAAUCAUUACGUAGGUCACGGCAGUCCAAGGGUAACUCACUGGCACACCCACGAAGGAAGGUUACCCUUUGUACACCCAUUGGCUAAAACCUUAUUCAAACGAAACUAAAAGCUUUACGGGAUGUCAGUGUGGGUUUUCCGAAUGGACUUGCCUUAGAAGAAUAUAAAAGGGGUGUGGUGGAUACCAAAAAUCAUCUUGAAAAGGCUUCAGAAGUAAAACCCGGUUCCCAACCCUUAA